AUGGUUAACUGCAGUUGCGAUUUAUUACACAUGAGAAUGGAUAUAAAUGAUUUGUGCAGUCGAUUUAUAAAUGGCUUAAUAAUUCCCCAUGGCUUCAGGAAUCUCAGUAGAAAUAAUUUUCAAUUUAAGGAUUCCAACAUCAUGGACACACACACUGCAAUCAAAUUACUAAUUUUGUACUUUGUACUAAAAUACAAGAGGAAUUUUGUAAAUUCCAUGAACAAAGAUUCUGAAAGUUUGUUAGAAACAGGAGUUGUCGGAGCCGAAGAGUAUUCUAGUGAGAUUUCACUAGCCGAUAUCAAGAUAACAACAUUCGGUCUUUAUAACAAAGAGUAUAGAGUAAACGAUAAUAGGAGGUAUGAAACUCUUAGAUUCCCCCGGGACCAAGCGUUUUUGUACAUUUUCAAAGAUGACUCGAAGUGUGUAGAGAUAAAUGUCGGUAAUAAAAAUCUAUGGAGAUAUCUGCCUGAAGAACAUGGCGAUGAAUUCCCGAAGCUAAUUUAUUUCAGAACAGUUCCAAAAGAAGUAACUGUUUAUUUCAACGAUAAUAUGACGUACAAUUAUGCGUUGAACUUCAACAAUUGGUCUAUGAAGUCGGGAAGAUUAAACUAUUUGACACUAUCACCAGUACCUCGAAAGUCAUUAGUGGAUCUGGACGUCAAUUGCAAGUCAACGACGGAAAAGUUCAAAUACACCGGGAAUAUUAGCAACAUUGAUACAUACGAAACGAAAGGAGAAUACAAAUUUAGAAGGGUUAAAAGUGCUAGUAGAGAAUUAUGGAGGUCACAAUUCACCAAAUACGCAACCCAAGUAAACAUUUAUCACACAAGCAGUGGGAAAAUGGUACUAAUAAUGCAUCUCGAGAAUGGAACAAGGGCACUGUCACUAAAGGAUGAAUUCAAAGAUAUCGAUUGGUGUGAAGAAGUGGAACCGUCAGAGGCAUUUUUAAUGAAGGUUCACUCCAGGACUGAGGAAAGACUUGCCAACAACCACUUCAAGGUAAUCACAGCAGAUGAUCCUAAUGGCACAAACCCAAGAGAAAACGAUGUGACCAAAUUUGUGGCAACGACAAUAACUCGCAGGUGCCUAUUCAUACACUUCAACGAACGAAUCAAGUAUAUAGAAUUGGUACAUAAUGACAGAACGAUAUGGAAGUAUAUAGAUACCGAUGGGGACGACUAUAUACAAUCGUUGCAUUAUGUUCCGGAAGAUAAAAGGAUCGUAGUAUGGUUCAACGAUAAGCUGCCUAUGGUGUAUCAUAUGGAUGAAGAAAAUUAUAUAAAUAUGAGUCAUAACAAUGAUUCUGACACCACAUGUGAAUAA